AUGACGCAAGCUGGUACCCCUCUUACUCAAGAAAACACCUCUCGACUAUUCAAGCAUUUCAGUGGUGAGGGACCGCCCGCCAACGACCGUUGGGCGGCCUUGUGGGAUGCGGGUGACUUCCUGCCUUGGGACCAGGGAAUUCCCAACCCAGCGCUCGUGGACCUCUUUGGCAUUCGUCAGGACCUCUUGGGCGUCUCUGCCUUCAUCGAAGACGAGACAGGAGAACGGCGUCGGAAGCGUGCCUUGGUGCCCGGCUGCGGGCGUGGCUACGAUGUUCUUCUCCUGUCCAGCCUGGGCUAUGACGCCUAUGGCCUCGAAGUGUCAAGCAAGGCCGUGGACGAGGCAAGAGCCUGGGCGGACGAACACUUGGCCGAUUACCCCGUCCGCGAUGAGAGUAGUGGCCGUGGGAAGACCAGCUUUGUCCUAGGAGACUUUUUCUCAGAUGACUGGAUAUCCCAAGCGGAUGGCCAUGACACAUUUGACUUCAUCUACGACUACACCGAGAAACAGUUCUUCUGCGCCCUCAGUCCGGAUCUUCGCUCUGCCUGGGCCAAGCGAUACUGGGAACUACUUUCCACGCACCCCGAAAGCCUGAUCGUCUGCGUCGAGUUCCCCACCACCAAGAAGUUAUCCGCGGGGGGACCGCCCUAUGCCUCUCCGUCAUCGGUGUAUCUGGCACACCUGGGCCAUCCUGGGCAGGAGAUCACCUAUGACGUCGAUGGAAGCCCCUCGCUUGGAAUUGGCGAAGAAAAUGCUCGGUCAAUCGGGUUCUCCAGAAUCGCUCAUUGGAAGGCGGUACGGUCGCAUGCGAUGGGCAAUGGCACGGAUUGGGUGAGCGUGUGGAGGCGCGGGAUGUAA